GGUCCAUCUGCAAUAUUGGCGAGUGCCGCAUCUGUUUUGCCGUGUGAAGAUAACAGUGAUUGUUGAUAUAAUUAUCACAUCCCUGCCCGCACGCUUAAACGUCCUAUUAUCGGUCCAGUUCGUUUAAUCGAGAUUACGUGAAUUUCGGCAACAUCAGGUUCAAGUUUUUUUUUGUUUACAACAUUACAUUGCGCGGUGCUGAAAGUGUACAAAAAAUGCCCGCAACAGUGGAGAACGUCUCAGCGGAUAGCGAUAAACACAGCAGUGAUACGACGGCUGUUGUUUUCCACAAUGAUCACGUCUUCAGUGCGGGAGGAGAUGGAAAAGUGAAGGUAUGGACUACCGAUUUACGAUUGGUUAGGGAGCUUACUCCUCAUGAGGGUUAUAUUUAUGCCAUGGUAGUCGACUCGAAAGGACAGCUUUAUACGAGUAGUUGUGAUGGAACGAUCAAAUGCCUUACGAACCCGCUCACCAGCGAUGAGUGCAAGGAACUCCUGAAAUGCAACGAUGAGAUUGAAUGUUUGUUCGUAGAUCCCAAGGAUAAUCUAUACAGUGGCGAUGAUAAGGGCAUUAUAACGAUGUGGAUCGAUCAACGUAUCAAGUAUAAGUUUAACGUUGUCGAGCAGGUACGCUCGAUGGCCAUACAAAACAACAUAAUUUACUCUAUUCGGGAUAACGAUCUCACUGUGACUGAAAUUAUCGAAGGUUCCGCUUCGGGUCGAUUUAUGACAAAAGCGUCUAUCCCGGGCCGGUGUCCAGUACGGCUUUGUGGAGUGUGUACCGAAGAUGGCGUUUACAACAAUGUUGCUAUCCUAACGCGAGAUGGACUGGGUGUUGCUAUGAUAAGAAAUAGCAAAAAGGAGCAAUACCCCGUCAUAUGGACCAAAGAGAGUGCGCAUAGCAUGAUUAUUAACGCCAUGGUUGCGAAGGAUGACUACCUGUACACUGCAGGCUACGAUGGAACAAUUAAACAGUGGUUAGACCUGGAUGCAAAGGAACCAAAGCUGAAUGGCGAAGCUGUACUUGGUACUAGUGGUGUCUGUAUUAAUUCCAUUGCCAUUGGAGCCGAUAAAACGUGUGUGUAUGCUGGAUGCAGCAAUGGUACACUUCAGUUGGUGAAAUUCGUCUAGCUUGUCCUGCCGAGCGAUAUUUGUAGAGAAAGACAUGGUCGCUAGCGAAUAGAUGCCAUUGUGCCAUCGGGAAACGGGCAUAGUCAAGCUGAUUGGGUAUAUGCUUGCCUCUAGAUUGUCAUCUACUACUACUGCUACUACUCGAACUACUAUCGUACGCAAGUUACUAUGGCGCUCGUCGCGAAAGGACGAUUGCGCAAAAGAAAAAAAAAACGAUAAGUUGCUUUGAUGGAAAGUGCUUGUGGUUUUACAUUAAUUUAUCAACUACCUAUGGGAGCCAAAGGAUUCAAUAGCACGUACGGGAAGCAAAUGGUACCAAAGUUGCAAAGUUUGCUGUGGAAACGUAUGCGAAAUAAAAUG